AUCAACACAUCCAAAAAGCCACCAUCUAUAGAUGGCAAGUUCGCCACAGAAACACAUACCAGAAACUCGUCCCAUCGACUUCAGGGCACCACCUCCUUCUCCCGUCGCACCGGGGAGACGAUCGUCGUUCGCCAACGACGAUGUCCUCACCGAGUUCCUCGAGCACUCGUUGCGAGUGCCCGACUUGGUCCUCCCCGACAAGAUCUUCCCCAAGCAGCAAAUCCUCGAAACGCCUCCCAUUGUCGAUUACAUGUUGCUCAAAUAUGGCAACUUCCCGCUCAUUGAUUCGGCUGCCAGGCUAGGGUGCUUCCAGCUUGUCAACCAUGGGAUUCCCGGCCAAUCCAUAAGGUCGGCUGUGGAUCUGGCUAGUGGGUUGAUCUUCCAAGUUCCGCCGGAGAAAAGGGCUAAUGUGACUCUGUCUUCAGAGAACCCAUUUGGGUUUGAGGAGAUCACUACUGAUCAUGAUCAGGAAGAUGAUCAGAGGAGUGAUAGUAAUACUACAUUGAGUGAGGAGUUCGUUUGGCGUAGAGAUGAGAGCUUCAAGUUGGCUAUGGAGGGAAUCUUGCCCUUUAGCUACUCCACUUUCAGUGACAAAAUGGAAGCCCUGAUGUCCAAUAUUGAGACCUUGGGUGAGAGGAUUCUGCAAAUUGUGAACCAGUAUACAGAGCAAAAAUCGCCAGAUGGAGGCACCGGAGGAUUAUCCGGCUGCUAUCUGCGGCGGCACCGGAGGAAUGUGGCGGCGGAGGGGUGGGAGAAGGCGUUGAGGUAUGAUGUGAUAAAGAUGCUGAUAAGGGGAACUGAUUACUCGCAUGCACUGUGCUUCCACAUUUGUGACGGUUUCUCGGAGUUUCAUGUUUACUCCAAGAAAGGAUGGAUGUCUUUCUCCCCUGAGAAAGAUGCUCUGGUGGUCACUAUUGGAGAUCAAAUUCAGGCUGUGAGUGGUGGCCAGUUCAAGCAUGUGCUAGGGAGGCCAAUCUUUAAAAGUGAUGAAGAUCAUGAUCAUCAACAACAUCAUAAUAACUCUAAUAUUUCGAUGGCGUUUCUGUAUUCUCCACCGCCGGCAGCCACCAUAAAUGGUCACCAUGGCAGCAGAAGUGCCAGUCAAGUUGAAGAGGAACACGCAAUAUUUACGAUCAGGCAGCAAGCUCUGGCAGCUCUUGUUUUGGCUCUUGUGUGCAAGUUUUUGGCUUAUAUUUAUAAGAAAUUUUGAUUUUGAUUACAUAUAUCAAUGGCGCUUUCCUUUUUAUCUUUGGGUUUUCUUUUGUUUUGGGUUUUCAUACAUGUAAGUGAUGAGGUCUUCAGUUUUUACAAUUUGUAAUUGGAGUAAUCAUAACCAAGAAAAGAA